GUGCCCUACCGUUAAAGUCACGGUAGGGCCAUAACCUCAGUGUUUUGAUGAUCUUGUCUCUUGCUCCACAGAUGGCCUCAGCUACGGAUGCCCGCUAUGGACAAAAGGAGUCCGCCGACCAGAAUUUUGACUACAUGUUCAAGAUCCUGAUCAUCGGCAACAGCAGCGUGGGCAAGACCAGCUUCCUCUUCCGCUACGCCGACGACUCGUUCACGCCCGCCUUCGUCAGCACCGUCGGCAUCGACUUCAAGGUUAAGACCAUCUACAGGAACGACAAGCGGAUCAAGCUGCAGAUAUGGGACACAGCAGGUCAGGAGCGUUACAGGACCAUCACCACAGCGUACUACAGGGGAGCCAUGGGCUUCAUCCUCAUGUAUGACAUCACCAACGAUGAGUCCUUCAACGCCGUGCAGGACUGGUCGACACAGAUAAAGACCUACUCGUGGGACAACGCCCAGGUGCUGCUAGUGGGCAACAAGUGUGACAUGGAGGACGAGAGGGUGGUGGCAGCAGAGAGAGGCAGGCAGCUGUCCGAACACCUGGGGUUCGAGUUCUUCGAGGCCAGUGCCAAAGACAACAUCAACGUGAAGCAGACCUUCGAGCGGCUGGUGGACAUCAUCUGCGAGAAGAUGUCGGAGAGUCUGGACGCCGGCGACCCCGCGGUGACGGGGGCCAAGCAGGGGCCCCAGCUCACCGAGCAGCCCGCCGCCCCCCACCAGGACUGUGCUUGCUAAAAAACAACAACAACAACAACAACAACAGGAAAACACGCCCACUGCAGUGUACACAGGCACUCAUGCAUUGCAUACAGCCAUGUAUAUGCACAUCGGCACACACACUAUCACACACACACCAUCUCUGCCAGGGUUCUCCGCCUCUUCCUCCUCCUCCUCCUCCUCCUCCUCUUCCUCACCUUUCUCCCCUAGCUAGCGCACACCAAUGGAGUGCUAGCCACUGGAAGAAAGAAACAGUUUCUUUCCGACAUCCUCUCCAUUCCAACCUGUCUCUCCAUUCCAUUCCAUUCCACCCCUGCUCUGUCCUGUGGCUCCCUGUCCUGUUCUCCAACACAUGUGCUUUUCUAUUUAUUAAUUAAUUUAUUUACUUUUCUCCAAACAAAGCAUAGUCAUGGAAUAUUCCCAUCUUGCAUCAGCAUUCCUUGGCCUUUGUGGAAGGCAAAGAAAGCCAUAUAUCUGGUUGGGUGUUUUUAAGGGGUCGCUAAUAUGGAGGAGUCUGUGCUGAAACUAAAGCCAGGCUCAAACUACACGACUCCCGAUUGUGUGUCCGAUUUUGACGUCGGGGUGCACCGCACACUAGAAGAGAAUCACAACUGUCAAUCUUAUCCCUGCUCGCAACCACCGAGGCAAUGCCCGACAUUCUAUUUCCAGUCGCAAAUAUCAAACACUGAUUUCUACGAUUUGCGAUCGGCGACUCUUUGAGCUGCCAAAGAUCCAUAGAACUAAUACAAUUGUAUUAUUUCUAUGCCAAAGAUCUAUCUUAGAACGUCGCACAGGACGAGGAAAUCUUUCCCGACAAUCGCUUGCGAUGGUCCUGGGGGGUAACGUUCCACCAAUUGUCGUAAGGGGGGUUUUCAGCUGAGAAUCGGGUCGAUAGUCGUGUAUUUUGAGCCCGGCUUUAGACCAACAGAGCCAGAUGCUGGUGUGCACAUUUUUACUCGACUCGUUACACUUUUCAUUCUGACUGCCUUUCUAGCACCUUCUCUUUUUUUUCUUCUUUUAGCUUUCUUUAUUUAAACUAUAUUUUUGUAUUUUUCUGUGUGUACAUGUGUGUGUGUGUGUGUGUGUGCGUGUGUGUGUUUCUUUAUUUCAGCUAAACUUGUGGCAUAUACAAUAUGAACAAAUAGGUAAAAUAUAGUACACAUAUAUCUUUAUAAUAUUUAUUUCAAGGUGUGUAUAUACAUUGUGUAUGUAAUAAAUAAGAUACAUCGAAAAAUACAUUUUGAAAAUGACUAAUAAUGAGCUAUCUAUAAGACAAUGACUGGUUCUUGUGAGCUGUUUUUUUGCGACCUAAAAGACUAUUACCAAAAAUCUUGCCUAAGACCACACACAGCUUCAUUGGAUAACCCUACAUAGAUCAGCUGAAACAUCAUAUAGAACAAACAGCCGCAACUAGUAAUGCUUUUUUGCAUGGGGAUCCUACUUCCUGUUGUGUAAAAAAUACUAAAUCUGAGAUCUGUUAAAAAAAAAAAAGAAGUAUAUUUUAUAUGGUUUUAGGUCUUUGCAGCCCGGCUCAUCUUCAUCUUUGUAUGUGCUGUCCAUUACUAACAUCCUUGUGGUCUGUGUGAUGUGCGCCUCCCCUUCCUCCCUGGUUGACAUGAGAGUGUGCGUGCUGUGGCUCCCUUCCUCCUGGUGAUACUGGUGGUAGCACAAUUCAAAAUAAGAGUCUCAUCAUCCCUCAUGUUUAAGCAGCAUGCAUGCUACUGGUCUUUGUUCUGUUUGCCUUUUCUUUGCAAAUAUGACUCUUAAUGUCAACUCGAGAUGCAAUACAUUAGGUUGUCCACUUAAUAAGCAUUUCUCUGGUGAAAGCCAGAGCCAUGGAUGAUGGAGAAAGUGGCACUGAUUUGUUUUAUGCAAAAAAUAAAUAAAAAUGAAGAACGUGUCAGGGCUGUGCUGUGAGAUAGUGUUAAAGAUAGUCAUGAACGCAAGUCAACUACUAUUCGUCAUGUGGGUCACAUCCAUUAAUGUCAAUACCUUAUCAGUGCAGCUGAGGUCAGAUUCAGUAUGCAAAUGUCUAGACAUGGAGAAGUGGUGAGUGAGUCACUAUCAGGGGGAAACACCCCACUAACAUCUGCUUGCAAUCGUCUUCUUUCUCGAAUAGGUGUAGCUACAGCCCCAUUGGUCUGUGCAGCAUUGGGAUCUUCAUCUUUCAAGAAAGACGCCACACCUUGCAUAUAUUGUCUUUUAUUGCCGAAAUACGUUUGAAGGCACACGCCGAAAUGCCUUGGUGCAAUAAGAGACAUUACAUGCAAGGUGGUGCUGCCUCUACCUUGAAGAAUUGAGUUGAGUAUUUGGGCCACCAGCAGCCUCACAAUUGAAAUACGUAGGAGUGAAGCCUGCUCCAAACUGAGCAUUUGGAAUUAGGGUCUUACCCAAAAUGCAUUGCACAUUGGGUGUGCCCGAGCAGGUGCUGAUGUGAGAUGCACAUUCUGCCCGUGGGCCUAUACUUAGAAGCUGGUUCAGGAGUAAACCAGGUUAAGUUAAGAGGUAAAUCAUCUAAUAGAAGAGCCUGGAGACCUCAUUGGAAAAGUACAGGCCCCAUGUCUCACAGUGUCAGUGUGGUCAUCAAUCAAAAAAGAUUGGCUACUACACUGUUAAAAAUGAUCAUGAUUAAAUAGUCUGAAUGAAAGAGCAUCCAGUUAGCGUUUGCAGUGAGGCUUGUUUCUGGUUAGAUGUAAAUGUAUGAUGUGCUGGUGUGUGUGUGUGUGUGUGCGUGUGUGUGCUCCCACCAUUCACUCGCUGUGUUCUGUUGCGAUGCUUUCCCCUGCAUUUGUUUUUCGUGUAAAUAGGUUCAUGUUGUUUUGAUUUCAGAGUGUUGUAUUGACAAGCUUGCAAAAAAAGAGACAAAAAUGUAACAAAAAACAAAACAAAAAAAGUUCAGCUUUUUGUGUGUGCCUGCUUGUGAAUGAAUGUGUCACUUUAUUACAAAGCAAUAUACUGUACAAAGAAGCAUCUUUUUCAGUGUUCCUGAGAUUACAGACAGACAAAUAGAGCAGUAUGUCACCAUUUCAAAUGCACCUUUAUUACAUUUCUCCGUUUCUUUCAUGGUCAAAUCCAAAUAGGCUGAGUCAUCGUAGAUUGGACCAGUGACUGCAUAUCAAGUCGCUAAGCAGCCAAUGAAAUGAAGAAUAGUCUUAGCUGGUUUCCUUUUUUGAAAAUAAUAAAUAAAUAAAUAAAGCUGUACACACCAUGCGUAUUGUAAAUCUCCCAGGUGACUGGGUAUCAGCGAUGCUCGUCCAACAGUGCGCUAUGCUUUAGGCUCAUGUGUUUAAACAAAAGAAGAUUACGAUACAGUAUCUCACACACUUAGGACAGUGAAAAAAUAGCAUUCCCAUAAUCCCACACUGUAUGUAACCAUGACUAGCUUACGAGAGGGCUUCAAGCAGAGGGCCAAGGCUCUAUGUGUUAACUGCUGACCAAUUUGUUUCUCGUGCUCCUUACCUGCUGUGUGGUUGCUUAGGCCAGAGUCUGUGUGGCGGUUUCCGUUUCCUGUCCCCAGUAGACUCUACUCAACCUACACUGCUCUAAUCAUUCACCUUUUCAAAACGUACAUGUAGUCUACGAUGGAGGUAAUGCUCAGCAAUUGUUUUUUGUUUGUUUGUUUGUUUGUUUUUGACCUGGUUUACAUCCUUUUUUAAACUUUGUUUUCUAAUGUGAGGAAAAAAAGACAAUAUUUACUGAAAAAAAAAAAACAUGUUAUGCAGUAGUUCAUGUACUGUUAUUACAAUAGGGGAAAUGGUGUCAAAAUGUGAAAUUGUGAAAAAAAAAUCAAACUGUUGUGGAAAUAAUUCAAUGAUAAAUGAAUAAAUGAAAUGAAAUAAACUGUGUUGUUACAACA